CUUAACGACAUGUUCAACGAUGCCAUGUCGUGCGAGACGUGCUGGGUGGUGAAGGCGAUGGUGACCGAGUUCCCGCAGUUCUUCCGAGGGCUCAAGUCGCUGGUGGAUGUCGGGGGAGGGACGGGGGCCUCCGCCAGGAUGGUUGCUGAGGCCUUCCCGGACGUCAAAUGCACCGUGUUCGACCUCCCUCACGUCGUCGCCACCUUGCCGGAGAGUAAACUGGUCAACGCCGUCGGUGGGAGUAUGUUUGACUCCAUUCCACCGGCCGAUGCAAUCUUUCUCAAGAGCAUUCUUCAUAAUUGGAGUGACGAGGAUUGUGUCAAGAUUCUAAAACGGUGUAAGGAAGCAGUCCCACCUAAAGAAGAGGGUGGAAAAGUCAUCAUUGUGGAUAUGGUAAUAAACUCUCACUAUCCAAAAAUAACCGAGACACAUCUCUUCUAUGAUAUCUGUAUGAUGAUCGGUCUUGGAGGAAUGGAGCGCGAAGAACAUGAAUGGCGAAAAAUUUUCAACAAUGCUGGAUUUAACGACUACAAAUUUUUUCCAAUACUAGGUGUAUACUCCGUCAUUGAGCUUUACCCUUAGCCAUGUGAUAGCGUGAAAAUAUUCAUGCAAACCUUGUGUUGUUUUUCAACAAGUGUCUUGUACUUGAUUAUUAGUGGCUUCAUACUCGUU